GGCGGGCCGGCAGCAGGAGGAAGCAGCGCGAUGCGAUGUGGCCGGCGGGUGACCCGGGCACCGCGGCGAGCAGCGGCGCCUGCCUUCUGCUGCUGGCGCUGGCGGCCGCGGUGCUGGCGCUGGUGGUGCGGCAGCUGCUGAAGCAGCGGCGGCCGCCCGGCUUCCCGCCCGGCCCCGCAGGGCUGCCCCUCAUCGGCAACAUCCACGCCCUGGGCGCGGAGCAGCCGCACGUCUACAUGAGGCGGCAGAGCCAGAUCCACGGGCAGAUCUUCAGUCUUGAUCUGGGAGGUAUAUCUGCUAUUGUACUGAAUGGCUAUGAUGCAGUAAAAGAAUGCCUUGUUCAUCAAAGCGAAAUUUUUGCAGAUAGACCAUCUCUUCCUCUGUUUAAGAAGCUGACAAACAUGGGAGGCUUACUGAACAGUAAAUAUGGCAGAGGAUGGACAGAACAUCGCAAAUUAGCUGUAAAUACCUUUCGAACUUUCGGAUAUGGUCAAAGGUCCUUUGAACACAAAAUUUCAGAAGAAUCUGUGUAUUUUCUUGAUGCCAUUGACACAUACAAAGGCAGACCAUUUGAUCUUAAGCACUUGAUAACAAAUGCUGUUUCAAACAUUACUAAUUGGAUUAUUUUUGGAGAACGUUUCACAUAUGAAGAUACUGAAUUUCAGCACAUGAUUGAGAUUUUUAGUGAAAAUAUUGAAUUAGCUGCUAGUGCUUCUGUAUUUUUAUAUAAUGCUUUUCCUUGGAUUGGUAUUUUGCCAUUUGGGAAACACCAGCAGCUGUUUAAAAAUGCAGCUGAAGUCUAUGACUUUCUUCAUGAGCUUAUUGAACGUGUCUCUGAAAAUAGGAAGCCUCAGGCACCUCGACAUUUUGUAGAUGCCUAUUUGGAUGAGAUGGAUUGCAAUGAAAAUGAUCCAGAAUCUACAUUUUCAAGAGAAAACUUAAUUUUCUCUGUUGGAGAGCUCAUCAUAGCUGGGACAGAAACCACAACAAAUGUUUUAAGAUGGGCAGUGUUAUUUAUGGCUCUUUAUCCAAACAUUCAAGGGCAAGUUCAAAAAGAAAUCGAUUUAGUCAUCGGCCCAAACAAAAUCCCUGUGUUAGAGGAGAAAGGCAAAAUGCCGUACACUGAGGCUGUCCUACAUGAAGUUCUAAGGUUCUGUAACAUCGCUCCACUCGGUAUUUUUCAUGCAACUUCCAAAGAUACUGUUGUGCGUGGUUACUCCAUUCCUGAAGGCACUACAGUCAUUACAAACCUCUACUCCGUUCAUUUUGAUGAAAAAUACUGGAGCAAUCCAGAAGUGUUUUUUCCUGAGAGGUUUUUGGACGGUAACGGGCAGUUUGUCAAGAAAGAAGCAUUUAUUCCUUUUUCACUAGGAAGAAGACAUUGUCUUGGAGAACAACUAGCUCGAAUGGAACUGUUUUUGUUUUUCACUUCAUUACUACAACGGUUUCACCUGUGUUUUCCUCAUGGUGUGAUUCCAGAUCUCAAACCAAGAUUAGGCAUGACCUUGCAACCACAGCCAUACCUCAUCUGUGCAGAGAGACGGUGAACAGAAUGGUCUCAAUUGUCUGGUGGAGCACAAUGCUCCAAGUCACAGCCAAGGAUCCACUUUGUCUUCUAAAUGCGUUCAUGUCAGAAGAACAAAAAUUUGAAGGACUUGCAGAUAUAUUCUGACUACUUGUGCAGGAGUUAAUGGUUUCUGUUUACUUGGUUUACACAAAAAAAACCCUCUACUGAAAACGUGAAACGCAUCCUGUGUUUAAAAUUGAUGUUUUCACUCCAGAAGCCUGUUUUGAAUCUAACUUCUGAUUCAGCUUUCAAAUAUCUAAUUACUCAACAAGUCAUUUUACUUUGUGAGGUUAUUUUUAUAAGCAUGGAGAAUAUGGCUCAGAAUGUUUAUACUCCUAUUCAGACAUAAAAAUCUAAUUUACACUAUUCCAGCUAAGCUGUUCUUUAUAAUUCUCCAUUAAAUUUACAUAGCUAAAAAGGUUUUAAAGGUAUCUAUUUAAAUUUCUGUAACUCAGAAUAAACUCUUUUCCUGCCUUGACAAACAAAUUGUCUAUUAAAAUAUUUUAAUCCUUCUUG